AUGCGUUGGGCAGACUCAGACAGUUCGGAUGAGGAAGAGGCGUACGAGCCACCGCCCCCAGGCGAGGCGGAUCCAAUACAACCAGAAGAGCCUUGUGAAGAACGCUUUCCUCCGACGCCGAAGCACGCGAAUGUAACCCAACCACCAAUGAAUCGGCAGAGGCGGGGGGGGGACAAUCAGCACGACGAUAAUCGUGGGAACCGAGGAUACAGUAGCAACGACAACUACAAUAAUAAUCGUGGUGGAGGUGGAGGUGGAGGUGGACGACAGAAGCAGCAGCAACAACAGCAAAGUAAGGUACGCGAUUGGAAACACAUGGCAAAGGAGCAAUCGGUUAUUGGAACUGGUCCUGUCGAUGGAAGUGGCUGGAUGGCGAAGCGACGGGCAAAACAGGAACAGGAAGAAAAGGAAUUCCGGGCAAAAAAAGAGCAAUUGCAACAGCAAAAGGUGCAGGAAAAGAAAGAAAAGAGGAAAAUCCAGCUAAAUGCUCUUGCUUCCGUCUUGAAUGAAAUAAAUGACCCCGACAAACCACCAUCGUCUCCACCGCGACAACUUCGAUCGGGUCUGUUUGGACAAAGCGUUCCCAAAAAGCAGCCGCCAACGAAAAUCCUCGCUCGUGAUAGUCUUGGCAAACAUAAUAAAGGGAACGGGGAUCGAGCGCAAAAGAGACCGCCAAAACCACCAGCCUACAAUUACACAAUUGGACCGGCGGAUAACAAGCCAAAAGGCGAACUACAAACAGAUGGCACGGUGAAGUUUACGAGAAAAGAUAACAAAAAGAACGAGAUGAGGGAAAAGGAGAAGGACAGCAGCGCCAACGAGACAAACGAUUCCAAAACUGCCACACCAGAAGCGACUGGCCAGCGAGUCGUAGAAUUUUCUGGUUCCUUCAAUCGAGAAGAUGACGACAAGUCCUUGACCUCCUUGACUUCCAAGGGCUCGAGGGCAUCUCGGAACUCCAAGAGUUCGAAAAACUCCAAAAGCUCCCAACCAAGUCAUAACAAAAAGAAUAGAAAUAGCCGAUGGGGUGGCCGGGGCGAUUCACGUGGUGGUGGACGUGGACGUGGAAGAGGUAGCCAAAAAGGAUCCAACGACGAAAGCUCGGUGGAUGGCUGCAAAGCAGGGGGGAAGAACAACAAGAACAAGAACAGCAACAGUAACCAUAGAGGCGGGAGAGGCAGGGGGCGAGGAGGUCGGGGUCGAGACAGAGCCGAUGGCGAACGAGGAAGGGGGGGUGGUAGAAACCACAGCUACGAGAUAGGACGAGACUAA